GCCUUGUUACAUUGUAGCAGUCUCAUAUUCGCCUCUGUCAAGCCUUUGGUUCCCUGGUACCUACCUAUUGCAGCUAAAUCAAAGUUUAGGGGGUGUUCUCCAGAAACCAGGAGGGGGUCAGGAUGUUUAAUCAGGAAGAUGUCAGUCUGCAGACAGAGACCUACCGCAGGCUGGCUAAAUUCAACACUAUCAGAGGUAAAGAAGUGGAGCCUGGGAAAUUCUGGGAUGUGAUCAUCAUCACAGCCGCUGAUAAACAGCAAGAGUUGGCCUAUCAGCAACAGUUGGCCGAUAAAUUGGCACGAAAAGAGCUCCCCCUUGGAGUUCGUUACCAUGUGUUCUCUGACCCACCAGGACCAAAAAUUGGAAAUGGAGGUUCAACGCUGUAUUCACUCCACUGUUUGCAACAAAUGUAUCCCAGUGAAAUGACCACAUUUAAAAUUCUGUUAAUCCAUGCUGGUGGUUACAGCCAACGUUUACCAAGUGCCAGUGCUCUGGGGAAAAUUUUCACAGCGAUGCCUCUUGGAAAUCCAAUUUACCAAAUGCUAGAGUUAAAGUUAGCCAUAUACAUUGACUUUCCUACCAAUAUGAACCCAGGAGUCGUGAUAACCUGUGCAGAUGACAUCGAGCUUUACAGUAGCGGGGAUUCCCAAGUGAAAUUUGACAGGAGUGGUAUAAUUGCCCUUGCUCACCCAUCAUCACUCAGUAUAGGUACUACUCAUGGGGUGUUUGUGCUAGAUCCACCCAACUCUGCACACCAAGAACUUGAUUACAGAUCUUGCAAGUCAUACCUUCAUAAACCUUCCAUUAAAAAGAUGCACGAAACCGGGGCAAUACAUAGUCACAAGACUUCCUCCCAAGUAGACUGUACAGGCGCACAGCUUACUGCUCAAGUGGUUUAUACAGAUAGCUUGUUUUACAUGGAUCACAGUACAGCCAACUUGUUGGUCACUUUCUUUCAAGAGUUAGGAAACAUUUUAUGUGAAAUUGAUGCAUAUGGGGACUUUCUCCAAGCUCUUGGUCCAAACGCUACUUUAGAAUACACUGAAAAUAUUGCUAAUGUUUCGAAAGCAGAAUCUCAAUUGAUCGAAGUCAGGAAACAGAUCUAUUUUCUCCUAAGAGGUACUCCAUUUACUGUCAUAGUGUUAAAUAACUCAAAGUUCUACCACGUUGGAACAAUGCAAGAGUAUUUAUACCAUUUCACUUCAGAUAGCAUACUCAGGGCAGAGCUUGGAUUAGAGUCCACCGUUUUCAGUAUUUUUCCAGGUCAACUUGAAAAAAAAACUAAUGAGAAAGCAUGUGUCAUUCAAAGUAUACUGGAUACCAAGACUUGUGUGUCACCUUGUUCUGUAGUUGAAUAUUCCAGGCUAGGUCCCGAAGUUACUGUGGGAAAACACUGUAUUAUAAGUAACACCUCUGUCAGCUGUAGAAUUGAUAUACCAGACAAAACCUUUAUUAGUUCAUUAGGUUUGAUGACUGAUGGACAAGCAAUCUAUGCAACCAUAGUGUUUGGUAUAGAAGACAAUUUGAAGAAGAGCGUCACCUCGUUGUCGGAACUGAGUUCCCUUAGGAUAUUUGGAAAGGGUCUUAAAGAGUGUUUGGACUACUGGGGCAUCAUAAUUACAGAUCACCUCUUCUCUGGAGACCAAAGAAAUUUGAGUUUAUGGAAUGCCCGCAUAUUCCCUGGGUUUCCUACUUUACAAAAAUCUGUUGAUGUGUCCAUGCAAAUGCUGAAUAGCUUACAGACAAAAUCAUUAGUACAACUUGGUGACACAAAAUUACUUUCAAUUGAAGAAAUAAUGUCACACAAAGAUGUCAAAGACAUGCUGAGCAUUAGACAAACUAUUUAUAGUGAAAUUGUGACUCAGAGGCAAAUGGAAAGGCCAGUAUCAUAAUUGAAGGUUUAAUCUGAGGUUAAUCUUUGGUUACAUGAUGAUUUUUAACAUAGAUUUCCCUGGGUUCCUAAAAUGAUGUGUAGAUUCCCGUGGUCUCACGUUGAACAGGCAGAUUACAAGGGUGAAUCUGUAGAUUUUCAUGGCAUGGGGCCAUAAUCUCCCAAAGAAUGUGUCUUUCACCUGGGUCCAAUAAAUUAUGCCUAGAAUAUUUAAUAACAAUCACAGGGUAACGUUAUCGUUGUGAAUAGGUACGUUUCUCGGAACCACUGAAUUUAAGGUAAAUAAUAAGGGUGAUGGAUGAAAAUACUUUAUUGGAGAGAAUGACCAAUUCUAUAAAUUUUAAUAUUUUCCAUGUGAUUUGAAACAG